UUUUCACGUAGAACCCUAAUCAUUCCGCGUUGAUAUAAAUACCACUGGCUGGUUACAUUGGGUACACUUGUUCACAAGUAGCAACAAUAUGCGUGUCCUCGCUUGUUUGGCCCUUCUCUUAGCUGCAGUAGCAGCCGUCCCCUCCAAUCCCCAGAGGAUUGUUGGUGGUUCGGUCACCACCAUCGACCAGUACCCCACCAUUGCUGCUCUUCUGUACUCAUGGAACUUGAGUAGCUACUGGCAGGCAUGCGGUGGUACCAUCAUCAACAACCGUUCCAUCCUUACCGCUGCUCACUGCACAGCUGGUGACGCCGUAAGCAGAUGGCGUAUCCGUCUCGGCUCCACCUGGGCCAACAGCGGUGGUGCCGUUCACAACGUCGCCCAGAACAUCGUUCACGGUUCAUACAACUCCAGAACUUUGGACAACGACAUCGCUAUCCUCCGCUCCGCCUCCACCUUCACCUUCAACAACAAUGUCCGCGCUGCCUCCGUUGCUGGUUCCAACUACUUCCCCGCUGACAACUCUGCCGCCUGGGCUGCCGGAUGGGGAACCACCUCUUCUGGUGCCAGCUCCGGCUCCGAGCAGCUCCGUCACGUGCAGCUGCAGAUCAUCAACCAGAACACUUGCAGAAACAACUACGCUACCCGUGGAAUCACUAUCACCGACAACAUGUUGUGCUCUGGCUGGCCCACCGGUGGUCGCGACCAGUGCCAGGGUGACUCUGGUGGUCCUCUCUACCACAACGGCAUCGUUGUUGGUGUCUGCUCUUUCGGUAUUGGCUGUGCUCAGGCUGCCUUCCCCGGUGUCAACGCUCGUGUAUCCCGCUACACUUCUUGGAUCUCCUCCAACGCAUAAGAUGUGAUAUGUUGCUAAGCAAAUUUUGUGUAAUAAAAUGUAACUUCCACCCAAA